GCAACAGCCAGUGCAAAUCAAUAUACCCGCUAUGAGCUCUGCGCUUACAGCGUAUUUGGUCAUUGUUUAUAAAAAUGCCGUCCGCCACAGAACUUUUUAUUAAAUACAAUUGUGAAAUUGAACAAUUGACAACAUGUCCGCGUUUGGAGCUGAAGUCGAUGCCAUUUGGCCACCAGUGGAAGCUGCAGCACAGCCGCUGACUCCAUUCGGGCGACAGCUGCUGGAGAAAUGCAAAUCUGUGAAGCAACCCGAUCCAGACGCAACUGUCGACCUGCGGUCCUUCAUGCGUAAAUCUACCGCCUUUCCGCUGGAGUUCGGUGUCGAGACGUGCCGAGUGCAAAGUCAGCCGAAGGAUCGCCACGAAACGAUUGGCCGGCAGAUUGCCUCCGUCUAUCCGCUAAUACACGAGCGCACCUUGGCGCUCUACCUGAACUACCUGGAGCACAAGGGGCAGUGGGGGAACGCUGUGGAGCAGCGCGUCUAUCGGCAGCUGUCGCUGGUCGACUUUGUGCAACGUCUCUUGAGUAAGCGCUGCGCCAGCUUCUUUGCUCGCAAUGAUAAGUUCUUGUUGCUGACGGGCGAGCGUGGAGCCAGCGGCUUCGAGCCCAUCGGCAGCUUGGAGGAGCAGGCGCCGCUACAGCUGGAGCAUGUGCUCAGCUAUGAUGACGUGAAGUUGUCGGCCCUACUCUCGGUCAGCUCGCACACGGAGUUCAUCAACGAAGGCGAGCGCACCAAUUGCGGCCGGGUGACCCACAAUCGCAAAAGCCUCGAGCCGGAAGGCGUGAUUGUGGGUCUGAUCGGUGCGCGGCUCUCACGUCGCAAUCUUAUGGAGUUCCAGGACAUUGUCAUAGCGCGUACCCAAAACACCACAGAGCGUGGCUACGGCUUUCCCGCAGAUGCGCCUGCCAACACCCGUGCCGAGGACUAUCGUCGGGUGUGGCGCAGCUUCUACGAGACGCGCGACUAUCUGCGCAACGAUGUGCAAAUCGAUGGGAAACGGUUUGGCGUGUCGGGCAACAAGCAGGAUGUGUUCGACAAUCUGGUCAUGAAGCGCCGCUAUGCCAUCAGCUUUGACAUGUUGCUCCUGGAGGCGGAGGCACGCGCCGCUCGAGUGGGCAAACAGGCGUAUAUCCACGUCGUCGGCUUUGGCCUGGGCGUUUGGAAGGUGGCGCCGCAGCAGGAGCAAAUCUUUCUCGAGACCUUCGAGCAGCGUUUGCGUGUGCUCAGCGCUAAACUAACCCACAUUGGUGUCGUCCACUUCUCCUGGUUCAAGCUGGAGCGCUGCGGCGGCAUUCACAAUGGCGCAGUGAUCAAAUCCUCACGUCAUCCAGACGGUGGUGUCCGCGUGCAUCUGUCGAAGCGCAAUCCGGCACAGAAGCUGACCAGUCCGGAGCAUGCCAACAUGCUGCUCGUGGUGUCCUAUGCCUGGGAUGGCAAUGCAUUGCCCGGCAAUGAGUUCUGGAUGAAAAUGCUGAAGUCAACAGGCGACUCAUCCACAGCCUGCUCCACCCUCAUCGCCGAGCUGCACAAUCCCCACAUUAACGAGGACUACUGCAAUGGCCGCAAUCUACACAUUGUCUCGCCCAAAUACGGCGUGCUCCACAUAUCCGAUUACGCCAAACGUGUGCUGGCGAGCAAAUCUGCUUAGAUGUACCAUACGCAUUGUUAAAUAGAACAUUGAAUGACAUAUUUUAAUGAGAUAGAAACUGUUUUUAGCUUAAAAACAAAUUACUGCAUUUAACUUAAUUAUUUAUUGUGUUUGAAUUAUCUUAAAAACUUUGAUUAAUUUCCUUUGUAUCAAAUACAAAAACCACACAGCCUUGACUUUAUAAGAGUUGUAGCUUAGCUAAUAAAUGUGUCCGUGGGUGUGUGCAUUCGCUAACUGUAACGUAAAAAAAUCCCUCGUGUUGCCUUUCCUUAUUGAAUUACCUUAAAUAUAUUCAUUUAUGAAUUUUCUAUCUCGCAGUACAAAAUAUAUACAUGAAAAUCCAUAAAUAUAGGGUGUGUGUAUUUGCUAAUAUAAACAGAAAAUCUCUCGUAUUCACUAUCAAAACUAAA